AUGCCCGUAUACUCUGUCUCCCACGUCGAAAACGUCAGAAUAUGUGUGAUCAUGGUGGGAUUGCCUGCCAGAGGCAAGUCCUUGAUUGCACAGAAAAUUGUGCGGUAUCUCCUGUGGCUUUCUAUUGCGGCCAAGUGUUUUAGCGUGGGCAGCUAUAGAAGAGCGUUGGCGGGCACCUCGCCUAUUUCUGCAGAGUUCUUCAGUCCCGACAACGAGGACGGCAUCAGAACCCGAGGAAAGGCCAUAGAUAUGGCAACCGCCGAUAUGAUGCGGUGGUUCACAGAGGAACACGGUGUAGUGGGAAUCAUCGACGCCACCAAUCUGACCCGUGAGAGAAGAGCAAGGUUGCUCAAGCUAUGUCGGGAGAACUUGAUCGAGCCUAUCUUUUUGGAAAGCUGGUGUGAUGACCCCGAUGUGAUCUUGUACAACAGCGCUGACGUGAAGACGACGUCGCCGGACUACGUGGACGUCGAUCCGAAUAUCGCCACCAAGGACUUCUUGCUGCGGAUCCAACACUACGAGAAGACAUACGAGACAAUGAAUGUAGAUGACGAUAAGGACUUGACUUUUAUUAAGUUGGUCAACGUUGGCUCGCAGAUUAUAGUCAACCGGAUUGAGUCGUACUUGGAGUCUCGUAUCGUGUACUACGUCAUGAACUUACACAUCAAGACCAGGAGCAUUUGGUUGCUGAGACACGGCGAGUCCGAGUACAAUUUGUCGGGAAAGAUUGGAGGUGACUGCAAUUUGUCGGAGCGCGGAUGGAAAUACGCCAAGAAACUCCCCGAGAUUGUGCUCAAGUCCUUAGGAGAAGACAACGAACAUACGAAUUUGACUGUGUGGACGUCCACACUCAAGAGAACGCAACAAACGGCUUCUUUCUUGCCGUAUGAGAAAAAGUUGGAGUGGAAGGCGCUAGACGAGUUGGACGCCGGCGAGUGUGACGGUAUGACCUACGAGGAGAUCGAGGAGCAGUUCCCAGAGGACUUCAAGGCCAGGGACGACAACAAGUACGAGUACCGGUACCGAGGAGGCGAGUCGUACCGCGACAUUGUGAUUCGGUUGGAGCCCAUCAUCAUGGAGCUCGAGCGCCAGGAGAACAUUCUCAUCAUCACGCAUCAGGCCGUGUUGCGCUGCUUGUACGCCUACUUCAUGAACGUGCCCCAAGAAGAGAGCCCCUGGAUGUCUAUUCCGUUGCACACGUUGAUUAAGUUGGAGCCCCGCGCGUAUCUGACGCUAGUGACACGCAUAAAAGCCGACAUCCCCGCGGUCAGCACGUACAAGGAACGAGGCACCUCGCAGCUCGGCGAGCUGGAGGUCAACACGUCCGUGAGCAGAGACUUGAUAAGCAACAGCUCCAACGAAACACCGGGUAUAUAG